ACGUCUGCUCUUCCGAUUCCCUCGUUUUCGCUUUUGCCGCGUUUUGACUGUUUUGAGACUUUUAACUCAUCCAAGUAAUCCCGAGGCCGGUCGCGCAGUACUAACAGCAUCACCGAAAACGUUUUCUGCUUUGGACGCAAAACUGCACAGAUUACGAUGUUGACUAGAAGAUCAAGAAAAGAAGGAGUUGCUUCACCAAGCGAUGCUGACACAUCCUCAAAGUCUAAAAGGUCAGCAACACCAUCAAAAACUAAAAAGCCAGCCACUCCUCGUCGUAGCAAAAGUAGAUCCAAAAGUAGAUCCAUAGAAAGGAAGAUAAGAACUCGAUCCAGAUCAGCUAAUAAGGCUUUAAGAGUUCCGCAAGUUGUCUUAGAGCGUUUUGAAACUAAAAAAGACAUUCCAAUUUAUAAAAAGAAAGAAAUCAAAAGCAAAAAGUCUCCAGAACCUGUUGAUUCGCAAUCAAGAAAGAGCCCAACACCUGUUAAAGAAGUUGUAAACUCAAGAAUUAGUCCUGUUCCAGAUAAAAUAAGUGACAAAAUGUCCACUACAUCAUCAAGAUUAGAAUACAAUGAUGAAUCUGAUGAUGAACCUCAAUUAGCUAAUAAUACAAAAUGCAAGACUUAUCCAGUAGAAUUUGGAGGAUUAUUUGGCAAUAUCAUAUUAACGAUAUUAUUACCAUUAUUGGUUAUCCUUGCCAAAAUUGCUAUAAAAGCUAAAGGAAAUUUGAUACCUUUUCCUCGAGGUUAUUUAAGAUUAGCUAACUACUAUGAUCAGGAUGUUUUUAUAUGGACAGCUGCUAUUAUAUUACUUCAAUUGUUUAUAUCACUUGUACCUUUGGCAAAAAAAUCUAAAUCAUUACUGGAUGAUGAUUAUAAGUAUAACUACUAUAGGUUUUCAGGAUUUAUCAAUUUAAUUAUUGCUGCUUUGAUUGUUUUGGCAAUGGAUUAUUACAAGUGCCCAAUAAAUUUUAUUCUAGAAAUAGUGACUAAAAAGACUGUACCUCAUAUUGUAGCAUCAGUAUUGUAUACAUUUAUUAUUUCUAUAAUUUUGUAUAUUAAAGGAAAGUACACCAAUCAAAUUGAUAAAUUUAAUUCUUUGAAUUUUGUACAAAAAUUAUUUAUUGGAACAACAAAUAAUCCCACCCUGGGACCUAUUAAUAUUAAAUUGGCUUUUUAUAGAUAUUCUAUAUUAAUGACAAUUUUAUUCAAUUCCCUUGUGAUCAACGAAUCUCUUAAAAAUUCAAUUAACAUUAAUCUUUAUUUUGUUGCUGGACUGCAAAUAUUCUAUGCUUUAGAUAAAUUGAUUUUUGAAUUUAAUUUAUUGUCAUCAUUUUAUUUACAAAAAGAAAAAGAUGGAUAUUGGACUAUUAUUCAACUAUUUUUACAACCAAUUAUCAAUUUUUUACCUAUUCAAAUUUUACUCUCAAACAAUUUGCCUGUUAAUUAUAUCAUUUUGAGUAUUUCAUCAAUUAUCUUUUUAUUCGGCUAUAUCUUACAACGUUACAGUGAUUUUAUUAAAUAUAAAUAUGAAGUAAACUCAACAUUUGUUUAUAGACCUUCAACUGUGAGAAUUAUUGUAGAUGGUUUUUGGUCCUAUAUAAGAUAUCCUAAUUACACAGGGACCAUUAUUGUUCAUUUAGCCUUAAUCCUACCUAUAAUUGAACCUAAUCUUAGCAGUUUGCAAGCAUCUUGGCCAGUACUUUUAUAUCCAUUGUAUUACAUUAUCACUUUGUCUCAUAAAUGUGUACGUAUUUCUACCUACUCCCGUUUGCAAAAUGGUAGUACAUGGGAUCGUCAAUACACAACAAAAUGGAAUUUGAUACCAAAAAUAUUUUGAAUUUAUUAAUUUCACCAUUAAUAUGUCAUUUGUGUCUUAAAAUUUUAUGUUUAAUUUGUUUUUAUUAGUUUACUUGAUUUAUUGAUUAUAUCUCUGUAAUUGAAGGAAUCUUCAAAUUUUAAUUAUAACUCCCAUUUAUUAAUGUUAAGACUUAAUUUAUCAAAAUAAGAUAUGGAUAUGUAUGUUUAUUAUUUAUACUCUUAUUAUUAUUCCAUGUGUAAUAAAUAUUUGGUACUUUAAAAAGAAAGUAAGUUGAAUAAUGCCAUAUUGUACAAAAAUUACUUCAUUUUGUGUAUGUAUACAAUAAUAUAUCAAUUACAAUUUUAACCAACUAUUUUAAGUGUAUAAGUGAGAAGUUAACUUAGUUGAAAUAUUGCUGGAUAAUGUAUAUAAUAUAAUGUUAAUUUUGUACUAGUAUUAUAAACCUUUUGUUUUUAAAAAACCAAUUUUAAUUUUUAUGACUUAAAAGCCUGUAUGGUUUGAGACCAUACUAUUUUAGAAAGUCUUCUUAAAUCAAAACCAAAAAUUGAUUUUUAUAUAAUUUUACGGAUCUGAUUAGAUGAUAAAUAAUGAUUUAUACUACUUAUAGCAUCAACAGUAAAUUAUAAAUACUGGAUUAUAAUAUGUUUUAAGUAUGUUGUACUAGUUUUACGUUAAUGU